AUGUCUUCAUCGACACAAACCCCUCAACAGCUAUAUGAAGCUGAGAAGGCUCGAACCAAGGGACUCGACAAGAAGAUCGCUAGGUUGGAAGCCGACCGCGAGAACGACCGCCAGACAAAGGAAGCCGACAUCGAGAGAAUCGAUAGCUUAGAAGUGGAGCUUGAGCUCAAGGACGAGGAACUUCAAGCCAAGGAUGCUACGAUCCAAGAGCUUCAGACAGCCUUCGACGACGCUGACCGACCUAGAGCCCCAGGUGACGACAAGAAUGUCGAAGAGCUACAAGCAAAGAACAGGCUUCUCGAAGGGCAGAUCAAGGACCUGGGCCAGAAGAUUGACCAAGCUGCAAAUGGGGAUUGGAGGAACGUCGCGCCACACCUCAACGAGACUAUCACAAGGAAUGCGCGCAAGAUGAGUUCACAAAUCGAUGCAUUUGAAGAAGAACUCUCGAAGGCCAACAAACAGCUCUCGAAUGCCAAUACGGAGCUCGCGAGCUCCAAAGAGGAACUCGGGGAGCUUCGAGAGUUCAACCAGGUGCUAUUGAGAGAACUCGAUUGUCUGUUAGCUGAAGCUGAUAACCAGGCGGACAUUCAGGCGUCGAGGAGUCGGAAAUUCAUUUCGUUGGCACAACAAGUGCAAGAAACGAAUCAUGCGCUCAUUUCGCUGGCAGAACGAGAGAAAAUUGAGACCGACUCUCCUUCCAAGUUUACAAAUGCCUCUCGUCUGAUACGGAUAAGACUCGGCGCUGCCAUAGACAAGGCGAAACCCUUCACCCAAGGCCUGGAAUCAAAGAUCACUCCGACGCCAGCGAGUAUGUUACCAUCCCAAACUGCCGCAAAAAGGGCACGUUCACCCGGUGACAUUGAGGGCGUGUCGAAGGGCCAAACAGCGAAAGAGGGCAUAGAAAAGCCUCAGGAUACGGCUGGCCAAGUGGUCACUAGAGCACGCAAAAGCAAGUCGGCUCCUGCGACUCGAGGCCUCAAACAAGGAGUCCACAAAGGACUUGCAGCCUCAAGCAAUCCUUUCGCCGCGCUGGCUGACGAUGAGAAGCGGACCACUAAGUCCGCUGCCCAGGCAAAGAACUCUACGGACAAUCGACAACCUUCUCCAAGCCGGCCGAUCGCCAACGAAAAUGCUGAGAAGCGGGACCAGAAAGCUGGCAGCGCAAGGCCAGUCCCAAAAGAGUUUAAAUACUCAAGGGCAGUCAAGCCCCCAGCAGCCCCCUCCUUCGCACCAAAGUCCUCGAGAACGAUGGCGCAAGUGGCAAUCGACCCGCCGAUGCUCGAGAAACCGGCGGCCACGAACCUUAUAGAAGAUUUCCUGAACGGGACGUUUUCGGAUUCGGACGAGUCGUCGGAUUCGGACGAGCCAAGAAAAAAGUCGAGGAUAUCGGACAGGAAGAAGAUGCAGGACGCUGCGGCAGGGAACGUCGUCGAACCUGGGAAGCGGAAACCCCGGGUUCCGGAGCCGAAGCCGGAAGCAGCCCUGACCCCACAAGACUUGGCUCAAGCCGUCGGCAGAGAAGAAUACGAAGGUUAUGCUCCAAGCUCUGGCAGACGAAGUUGUUGGAACUGGGAAGCAAAGCCGGCGCCCCAGGGUCCAAAGACGGAGCCGAAGCCGGCCACGCAAGUCAUUGAGACUGGGAAGCCAAAGUCCAUGAGUCCAAAGACGGAGCCGAAGCCGGCCCCGCAAAUCAUUGAGACUGGGAGGCCGAAGCCCAUGAGUCCAAAGCCGGAGCCGGUCCCACUAGGCUUGGGGGAGAGAAAGUCGAACCCAUUGAAAGAUCUGGACAAGAGUCUUGGCAAAAAGUCAGAACGUUGGAGCGAUUUGAGCGAUGCAGAAGAGGCGGAACAUGAUAGUCUGAAGGGUCAUGACGCUGCAUCUGACAAAGACACCCCCAAAGAAGUUGCCUCUCCCUCCCGGAACGAUAAAGCGGUUGUGGAAGGUACCGCCGGUAUCAGCUCUACGCCAGCUGGCAAUGAUGGCAAUCCAGUCGCCAGCUCCAAUCCACUCUCCGGUGGAAGCGAUCAAGCGGCCGUUGAGGGUUCCGCCGUUGCCAAUUCCACACUGGCUAUUGGUGAAGGUGAUCAAACAUCAUCGAAGGACGCCGGUGUCGCUAGAGAUGCGCCUGCGGUGGUGGAGAUUUCUCCCGGUGAGGAAGUGUCAGGCAAGGUAGAGCACGAAGCGACAGGGAAGGACGCCACCGCUCCACCCACCCGUCAAGGUGAAGAAGCUACUCCCGCCCACCCAGCAAAGGCCGAGACUGUGCCAUCAACUCCAGCCGCCCCCGGAUCUUCCCUUCCCCAUGGAGUUGGAUCCGAGGCAAAAGGGACAUUGAGGAGGAGGAAAUGUUCAAGCCUCAUCCAAAUGCUCCCGGCAGACCCAGACCGAAAGGGAGGCAAAAUGGCAAGUUCAAGCGUCAGGAAAAGACAUUGGGGGAGGCAGAGGCUGAGGGAGGAAAGCCUGAGGAAAAGCCGGCCAAGUGAGAAGAGCGAGAAUCCCAAUGCUCCUGCUGAGAAUGCUGAUUGGAGGAAGAAUGUCGAUGAUCUUCACGAGAUUCUAGCCUCUAAUGCAACGUCAGUGAUGAGGAAUGUCCCGCCUAGAGGGCGCCCAGCCUAUGAAGAGCUUGCAGAUCAGCUUCCAGUCAUACUGAGCGAGAUUCGGGACUUGGAAAGCCUUCAGAAAGAGAGGCUGGACGACAUUCGUCGAUGCCACGACCAGUGGCAGACGGCGUUAUCCGAUCGAACAGGCGAACUUGGAGACCUCGACAAAAGGGUUCGAGGAGCAGAUAACAAAAUCAGACAGCAGCAGUCCAAGCUAGAUGGGCAGAUGCAACGCAUGAGCCAGAGCGAGACUACUUUCGAGCAGCGUCAAGCUGAGGCCGACCGGACGUUUGCUAACACACAAGCCAGUACGGCCGCCGCGGUACGAGCCCUCUCCGACCUCACAGGGGAGAAAAAUCACCUCGACAACUUGAGGAGAGAUCUAGAAGCGAAAGAGCAAUACCAAGAGUCUCAGACCCUGGCUCUGUCCAAAGCAAAUGCACAGUUGGAUCAAGAGGUAGCCAGCAACAAAGCUAAAGAAAGGAGACUAGCACGGGAUCGGAAGACGGUGGGGGAGCAGCAGGGUAAGCUCGAUAAAUGGAAAGCUUACAAAGACCACCAGGUUGCAAGCGCCGUGGCCAAAGCCAACGAAGCCACUGAGAAGAGCAAGAGACUGUCCAGGGCAAGUGAAGGAUUGGAGGUCGGCAUGCAGAAUCUUUGCGUUAACAUCCUUCCGGAAAAGGAGGCAACAAUCAAGAAGCUGACCGCAUCCCGGAAAAACCUGACACAAGAGAUCAACGACCUCAAUUCGAAGGUACUGAGUCUUGAGGACAAAGUUCGAGGGCAGAUUACUCAGCUACGCCAACUCGAUCAGGAGAAGACCUCAUUACAAGCUGUUGCCACUCGGGCCACCAGUGAAGCGGAAUUGACGAAAACGAAACUGACGGAGGCCGAGACUACAACUCAGUCGCUGAACACGGCCUGGAACGACAAUUGUCUACUCCUGAAAACCAACGACGAGCUGCAAGCAGCCGCCCGCAAUUGCAGAUCGGAGCAUUCCGACAUCGAGCAACUUCGGCAGCAAGUACUGGAUCUCCAGAUACAGAAUGACGAGUUAAGACCUUGCAAGAUCAACUUCGAUGCGGCUAAACGCCUCCAGGAUUUGAGCUUCUCUCAGAUCAAGGAGCUUCGAGAGCAUCGCGAUGAAGUCCAGCAGGACCUCAGCAACCUGAAAUCCCAGAUGCAGCAGGACCUCGGUAUUCAUACCACCGCAAUGGCCAGCAAGGACCAGAUCAUUUGA